CGUGUGCAGAGUACGGGGCACAGAAACCAAUAAGUGGAAUAUUUCGGAAGUACUAAAAAAACCCCAGCAGGGUAACACAGAAAAGUACCAGAAAUUCCGCUUGUUCGAGAGGCACUCUGUCCAGUCACGUAAAGCACACGGGAAUGGCUGGUGGUUACUUUGAUCUCCCUAUUUCCUCUUCAAGGCCCCGAAGCCUUACUGAUCUGUCCGGAAGGACAGGCAGAUCCUCUCAAGGGCCGCGUAUAUCCUCUCUCUCGAUCCCCAAUGAGAGGCUUCAAGAGAGUGCAGCGGACCCUAGCGGCGCCCAGGGUAGAUUCCGGAAUGCUAGAAAUCCCAAAACCGCGAAUCGCGUCAAAUUUACUGUCAGCGAAGCUGGUCUUGGCGACAGUUCUUUCGGAUCGACGUCAGAGACCCGGCUUGAUGGAAGGGGUUCAUCAUUGCCCCAAAGACCGUUACCCACAGCUCGCAUUCCAGUCGCCGACAAGGUCACUGCCAGCCCCCAAUCAGUGCCCUUGAUUGAUAUCAGCCCUGGCUCACCAGUCGGUGUCACGGGCCUAACUAUUCACUCAAGGGCUACCUCGCCGGAGAUUUAUGGUGAUGAUGAAGUCAGAAAUGAGAAGGGGAGAGCUAUCCACUCUGCGCAAGAGAGGGCCCAGCGAUUGGCCACCUUACUCAGUCGCUCUCCUAAUUCUCCUAGGCCAAGCCGUCGGAGCAGUCUGCCGUCAUCCAUAGACUCGACUCCCUCCGAGGUGGUGCUGCCCGCUGAGCUUGGAGAUGAAAUUCCCAUGAUCAGCCUGACCGAGAAAAAUUUCGACGACUAUUCAGACGACGAUGAAGUUGGCCCCCUAAACGGUCGACACUCCACGCGUUCUUCUGAAGCUCACAAACUAGUGCAACAAAUGACUCUAAAGGAUUUCAACUUUCUGACCCGGCUUCAAGCCCCGUCUCCAGGGUUUCGCUCUGGACAGGUUACUCCCCUCGAAGACAGGGAUUCCGAAAACUAUGUCGAACGGCCUUCUCAGUAUCGGAGUGGGAUUCUCUCAUCUCUGCUGAAGCUUCACGAGCAAUCGGAUGGUCACUAUUCUAUCGGACGUCAUGGACGUUCUCGCCGAAGUAGUGCCGGGGAAAUCAGUGGUAGAGGGCUGUCUCCUGAUCCAAGUUGGAAGUCCCAACGCCCGAGGAAAUGGUACGAGAAAUCGCCGAGCCAGUCUAGUCUGUCUCUAGCGGGUUCUACCGCCAAGAACUCAUCUAGCUCCCCUAUCGCGAUGCUCAAGCGCUCACGGAGCAGUGGUGCGAUACCAGGUGCGCCUAAGCGAAUGGGCAAGCCACAGCUUGAGGAUGAGAUCCGGAUUACAGUGCACAUCGCUGAGCUUCUCUCGCGGCAACGGUAUUGCAUUCGCCUCUGUCGGGCUUUGAUGAAGUAUGGGGCACCAACGCAUAGGUUAGAGGAGUAUAUGAGGAUGACGGCACGGGUGUUGGAAAUCGACGGCCAGUUUCUCUAUUUCCCGGGAUGCAUGAUCAUCUCCUUUGACGACGCUGCCACCCAUACGACGGAGGUGAAAGUGGUGCGGGCGCCUCAAGGUGUUGACUUGGGCAAGUUGUCCGAUGUACACCUUAUUUACAAGGAGGUGAUACACGACGUGAUCGGGGUGGAGGAAGCUAUUCAACGGCUGGACGAGAUUAUGAAGAUGAAGAACAAAUACCCUGUCUGGCUUCUGAUUCUGUUGCAUGGCUGUGCUAGCGCCUGCGUUGGCCCCUUUGCAUUCAGUGCUCGACCCAUCGACAUGCCGAUCGCGUUUCUGCUUGGAUGCCUCUUGGGGACCCUGCAACUUGUGCUAUCUCCACGAUCAAACCUCUAUCAAAACGUCUUCGAGAUAUCAGCGGCUGUUCUGACUUCCUUUCUGGCACGGGCUUUUGGCAGCAUUCGCCAUGGAGAUGGGCGACUGUUCUGUUUCUCGGCUCUGGCCCAGUCAUCAAUUGCGUUGAUUUUACCAGGCUAUAUGGUACUGUGUGCCAGUUUGGAACUACAGUCCCGCAGCAUUGUGGCCGGCUCCGUCCGCAUGGUGUAUGCCAUCAUAUACUCUUUAUUUCUUGGGUUCGGUAUCACAAUCGGCACUGCGGUGUACGGUCUUCUCGACGCCGAUGCCUCCUCCGAAUACACCUGCCCCCCGAGUCCCAUUACCAACGAGUACGUGGGGCACUUUCCCUUCGUUAUCCUUUUCACAUUCUGUCUCGCUGUGAUCAACCAAGCGAAGUGGCGACAGAUGCCGAUGAUGCUGGCCAUCGCAUUUACGGGGUUCGUGACCACCUACUUUGGGACCAAGCGUUUCUCCACCAGCACCCAAGUGUCUAAUGCUCUGGGAGCGUUUGUGGUCGGUGUGAUGGGGAAUCUCUACAGUCGACUGCGACAUGGCUUUGCAGCAGCCGCGAUGCUGCCUGCGAUUUUUGUGUUGGUACCGUCGGGCCUCGCAGCCAGCGGUUCUCUGAUCUCGGGUAUUGCCGCAGCGGAACAGAUCACGACGGUGCCGUCUCCGUACUCCCCAGUGUCCAACGGAACACAGGGCUUCGUUGAUGCGGCCCAGAACAUGACCAAGCCCGAGUAUGACACCCAGUCCCACGGAAUCGUUCUGGACAUCGGGUAUGGCAUGAUCCAGGUGGCAGUAGGCUUCACCGUCGGUCUAUUUUUGGCUGCUUUGGUCGUUUACCCAUUGGGUAAGAAGCGAAGCGGACUCUUCAGUUUCUAAAGAGCUUGCAAAGUUCGUGACAUCCAUCCUAUUUAUACCGCGCUCUUUCGCACCUAUAUACGUGGAGCGUACGCUUUGUUUUUCUUCUGUGUUCCUGUCUAGCAUUGCCGUCACGAAGCGAGUCUGUCGAGUUGUUUCAGCGUGAACUGUUUGGAGUGAUAUCUUGCUUGAUCCUAUCUAUAUAGUGUUGGCUCCGACCACCCUCUCUUUUCUCCAUGCCCUGUGAUUUCCUAUCCUGCUGUUUCUGAGAUUCUUGCACAUGUCGAUAAACUCACUCUUUGGUUUUCCUUUCUUUUCUUGUUACAGUCUGUGUCUGUGAUUCACUCUGGGUAGUACUUAGCAAUGAUGAGAUUAUACAUGAGCGGCAG